AUGAACUUUAAUAAAUUAAUCAAAAACAUACUAUAUAGUGAUUUAAAUGAACAAGUUCUUUUCUAUUAAGGAGAAUUAACUGAAUAAAAAUUAAAGCGAUCAGAAAUUAAGAGUUUAUUAUAUUAACUGAAUAAUAGGUUUAAAGAUUAAAAAUUUGAGAGAGAAAGAAUAUUAGUAAGAGUCUAAGAUUUCCAUAAAAUCAGAAGUUUAAUUGGAUAGAAUUAGAAGAAUGAGAAGAAUACAUAUUGUUGA